AGCUGGUCUUGAAAAUAAUACCUUCUCACCAAAAUCGAGGCUCCUAAUACCCACGAUGCCGUCGAGUUCUGUCUUUGUCGUUGCUGCUUUGAGCUUUGGAUCCCUGGUGGCCGCUCUACCAACUACUAGCUCAUCGAGAUACCAAGAAGCCGAUAUUUACAAGAGACAGAAUGCAACAGCACCAGCGUCCGGCCUAACAGAUGUUGAUAUUCUUCAAUUUGCCCUGACUUUGGAGAAUCUGGAGGGUGCAUUCUAUGCUCAAGGAUUCAGCAAAUUUCCCGAUUCGGACUUCAUGGCUUUAGGUCUCUCAGCGCCCGACGUCACCAAUCUCAAAUCUAUCGCAACAACAGAACAAACGCAUGUUACAACAUUGACUGGAGCUAUCGCUGUAGCUGGAUUCAAGCCCGUGCAGCCGUGUACAUACAACUUUGGCUUCACGACGGCAGCUGCCAUGGUAGCCACGGCGGGGAAUUUAGAAAACAUUGGUGUUUCUGCGUAUCUUGGAGCAGCACCUUUAGUUAAAAUGCCUGCGAUUCUUACCGUCGCAGCUGAGAUCUUGACGGUCGAAUCCAGACAUCAGACAUUGAUUCGGACGCUCGCGAAGACAGCCGCAAUUCCUUCAGCAUUCGACACCCCACUCGGAGUACGAUCUGUCUUCUCUCUCGCUGCUCCUCUGAUCUCGUCCUGCCCCGAUGGGUCCAAUCUCAAGAUUGCGCCAUUCCCAGCACUUGCCUUGAUGCCAAUGCCUGCGAUGGCAAAUUCGACUUCAAUGCCUGUGGGAACAAGAUUGACGGUGAUGGGAACACCCGCAGGGGCCACAAAUUGUGCAUUUUCGAACGGAGGCGCCCCAGGAGGGACAAUCUAUGUCACGUUCGAAAACAGCGGGUGUGCGGUUCCUCAGGGAGUGUCGGGCAUCACAUACAUGCACUUGACGUCUUCUGUGCCACAAGGAAACAUUUUGACGGAUGACGUUGUUGUUGCUGGAGUGCAGGUUUUGAAUGUUUCCUAA